UGCAUAUGCAGUAGCUGAAAUGAAAACUUGUUGCUUUGUCUUUAUAGUCACAAGGAUGAAAAGUUGAGUUAAAGACAAUACUAAACUAUUUCAAAUGUGUGUUUCUCUUUUUAUCAUGUUUGUCUGCAGAUUUGUUUCCUGGUGUCAGCUUUCCGUGGCCAAGUGUUUUCAGAGGACAGCUGUGCUACUCUGGCGCUCUUCUCUCAUUAUUUCCAUCUCAGUCAGUUCUUUUGGAUGCUCAUACAGGCGGUGAACUUCUGGCAAGUGCUCGUGAUGAAUGAUGAGCACACAGAACGCCGAUACCUGCUCUACUUCCUCCUGGGGUGGGGACUUCCUGCUUUGGUCAUCAUCAUCCUGGUCAUCGUGUUACUUGGUGGCUUUGGAUGGAAAAUACAUGAAGUAUAUGGACUGGUGCAAGGCGAUGUGUGCUUUAUCCCAAACAUCUAUGUAGCUCUGUGCACGGCAGUGCUGGUGCCUCUCAUCUGUCUUGUUGCUGUGGUGGUUGUAUUCAUCCACAUCUACCAAGUUACUGAGCAGUGGAAGGCCUACGAUGACAUUUACCGUGGACGGACUAACAGCACAGAGGUGCCGCUGGUCCUCUACCUGUUUCUGCUCGUCUCCCUAGUUUGGUUGUGGGCAGGACUCCAUAUGGGCUACAGGUACCUGUGGAUGCUCAUCCUCUACGUCAUCUUUAACUGCCUGCUGGGCUUGUAUGUGUUUGCUGUGUACUUCAUCAUGCACAACCAGCUGUGUUGGCCAACUAAAGCAAGUUACACAGUUGAGAUGAGUGGACAGGAUGGGCCGGAUUCUAUGUACCAGGGAAUGGGACCCACCCCUGUGGGAGGCGACAUCAGCAAAUCAACUCAAAAUCUCAUCAGUGCCAUGGAAGAGGUUUCAGCAGACUGGGAGCGAACGUCACUGCGGCCUAGCAUUCAGCCCAGCAGUGUGUUUAAGCCCAGUCCUGUGAUGGAGACGUACACCACCGAGGGAGGCUUCAUCAACACCAACCUGGUCACUGCAGAUGAGGAUUCACAGGAGUUUGACGACCUCAUAUUUGCCUUAAAAACAGGGACCGGCCUUAAUGUCAGCGAUAACGAGUCCAUACCAGGAAGCCACGACGGAGGGAGCGUAACCAACUCCCAGAUAGUUGAGCUUCGGCGUAUCCCCAUCGCCGACACACACCUCUAACCUUCACACCUCACACAGAUCCCACGUCCCUCUGUUUUUCAUAUCACAAAUAAAGAUUACAAGACAGUAUUUUUAUAUUGUAAAAUCCUUUGCACUAAAACAGUUUUUGAAUAGAUGGUUUUCAUAUAGAUGUUUGAUACUGUAUGGGAUUUUUACUGUACAUGUGUUCACAAAUACGAAUAAAUGUUUUACUAAAUUUAUUUUUUAAACGCUCUUGUUUCUGAAUGUAUAUUUUGUUUUGUUUUGUUUUUCUGUAGAGACCUAGGCAAAGAUAGAGAAUGUAGAUUGUGUAACUUUGUCAAUAAAUAAUGUACCACAUGAA